UUCAAUUGCGGUCGGAAGGAUAUGGCAGGAUUGCCUGAUCAGGUGCUGCAAUGGCUCUACAGCGUCCUCCUAAAUGUAAAAUCACGUCUUGUGCAUGGCUCAAGAUCAAGGUCACUAACCACAAGGCCAGNNGAAUACCGAGACGCACAACGCGCCUACAGCGACAGUGUCGCCGCCCUUUCGGCAUAUCCAUCUUUAUCACCGCGAACCGAUGUAUACACGUAUAACACGGGGCAGCCCGCGUUGCUGUUGCGCCUAUCAGGCACCCUCCCCGUCAACUUUCGCGGCACGGUCUACAGAUUUCCCGUGACGAUAUGGCUACCGCAUGUUUAUCCUAUGGAUCCCGAGGGCAUCAUGGUGUUUGUGAUACCAGGAGAGGGUAUGGCUAUCCGGCCAGGACAACACGUCAGUGUCGAUGGACGAGUCUACCAUCCCUAUCUGCGCGAUUGGUCGGUGAACCAACGUCCGAAUAUCGUCGACUUCUUGCGCCUUCUUCAGGAUGUCUUUGCUCGAGAGCCUCCCGUGCCUCAGUCUCCCAUGCAACGACCUCCUCCUCCGCCGAAAGAGCAACCUCGACCACCACAAUCUCAUCCUGCAGAGAUGCCUGCUGGCGCCCCUCCUCCGAGACCCCCGAAGCCUGGAGAGCAGGCUCAUGCCUCUACACCCAUUCAAAAUCGCAAUGAUGGCCCGCCGUUACCACCUCUACCACACGAGCGAGCUCAACAAUCACCACAGCUACGACAAGGGAAUGGUUUCGACAAUUCGCAACCUAAUCGCUACUCUAGAGCUCCACCAUUGNNCCGCAUCAGGCAGGCUCCGGCCUCUCCUCUGGCACCAAACACACAUACCUCUACUCAGAGAUACACACAACCUGCGCCAUUACCUCCACCGCAACAAGAUCAACAACACCAGAUACCCAUUCGUCCAGCACAGCAGCAGUACCCUCAACAAUAUCAACAACCGCCCCAACAGCAUUUCCAGCAGAUGCCUCCAAACAUGUCUGCUCAACAAUAUCCGCCACAACACGCCCCUUACCAACAAGCUAUGCCUGUGAAGCCUGCUCCUGUCCAAGACCUUCUGAGUGACCCCUUCGACCUGACUGCCCUGGAUAAUACCCUUACGAAUAACGAACGUAUCCUCCAUCAAGCACUUUCUGAUUGCGAUCGCGUUAUUGCUGAUAGCAAGUCCACUCCGCAGCCACCCAUUGAUGAUGUUCUCGUGGCCCCCACUGUUGCCUCGACCCAGCUGUGGAAUCUACAAGCGGAUGAAGCAGCCAUUCGAGAAGCUUUGUGGUGUCUGCAGCGUGCUGUGGGAGCUGGAAGAGUUGGCUCAGAAGUGUUCAUUAAGAUGACCAGGAGUCUGGCCAGAGAACUGUUUUUGAAGAUGGCUCUGAGUAAGAAGCUGGCCAAGGGGCUAGGUCUGGACGUGGGAGGCAGUACAGCAGGCCGCUUCGUAGGCGAUGACGGAUAUGGAUACUGA